UACAUUUCUAGAAACCACUCAAGGCUUCUCCAGCUUUUCCUUUUGUUCUGCUCAAAAAAUUAAAAGAAAACGUCCAGUAAAGAUCCCUAUUAUAAGUCUGUGAAGCUUCUCUAAACUUUGAGCUCUAUCCCCAACAAUUUUCAGAGCAAAAGAGAAGGGAAGGGGGAAAGAAAAUGUCGGCAUUUGCAUGGAAGAGCUUCUAUGAAGAUGAGGAUCGUCCUGAGAAGCCAAGAACUUAUGGUGUCACUGAAGUCAGGGGACCCCAUUGCUCCCUUUUCUCUCAAAACCUCCUUGAGGACAUCUUUGAAUCAAUGGGAGAGUUUGUUGAUGGGUUAAAGUUCACUGGAGGCUCCCAUAGUCUAUUGCCAAAGACUUACAUAAGAGAAGUUACUGAUAUGGCUCAUAAACACAAUGUCUAUGUCACUACAGGAGACUGGGCUGAACAUAUGCUCUGCAAAGGACCGUCUGCCUUUAAGGAAUAUCUCGAGGAAUGUAAGCAGUUGGGAUUUGACACUAUCGAGCUCAACAUGGGAUCGAUGGGGUUUCCUGAAGAAACUUUGUUAAGAUAUGUGCGGUUGAUAAAGAAUGGUGGUCUUAGAGCUAAGCCUCAAUUUGCAGUCAAGACUAACAAGUCUGAUAUACCUGUCAACAGAGAUAGAGCAUUUGGAUCUUAUGUGGUACCUGCACCUAGAAGCUCUGAAUUCAUUGAGGAUGUUGAUCUUCUGAUAAGAAGGGCCGAAAGAUGCUUAGAAGCUGGGGCAGACAUGAUAGUGAUUGAUGCUGAUGAUGUCUGCCGGCAGGCUGAUUCUGUUAGGGCAGAUAUCAUUGCGAAGAUAAUUGGGCGUCUUGGCCUUGAGAGAACCAUGUUUGAAGCCUCAAAUCCUAAGACCUCUGAGUGGUUUAUUAAGCAAUAUGGUCCCAAGGUGAACCUUUUCGUGGAUCACUCUCAAGUUAUGGACCUGGAGUGUCUUCGAGGGCGCAACCUGGGGAAAAAUCAUACAUCAGUUCUUGGUUCUUCACAUUUUCCAUUCUAAUUAACUUGGGAAGUGUAUAGGGAACUAAAAUACUUGAAUAUGUUAUUCACGUUUUCAGAUACUGCUGGUGUCGUAAUGUAUGUUUUCAGCAUCUGGUUUUGCAUGGACCUUUCGCUUACAUUGUGAUUUGGUCGUUAAUGAUCAACGCAGAAUUUCUAUGGGUUCCCUUGUGUAAAAUUUGCUGCCUGAGAUCACAUUCAUCUUUUGACUGCUUUGUCAAUGAAUAUAUCAUGUCCAAACUUGGCACUUCCG